UAAAGUUUGGAAGAGUUCAUUUCUUCCCAGUUUUUUUAAUCAAUACUCAAUACUGAUAGACAGGUAUGACAACCUGGUUUGUGCUAAAGUUCACUAAAGAAACAUCAUCAAUCAGAUAAAAUGAAUCCUUCCACUUACCUUUUGUUUCUGCUGCUCACCUUUGUGACAAACAUCCAAGCAAUAUUUGAUCCGCAAGUCUGUAAAUCAAACACAACAAACAUUGAUGACAGUUUUCCCAAACUAGACCCUCAAUACAGUGUAUUCAUAGAGGCUAAUUACAUUUCAAACAAAUCCACCGUACAUUUCACCGAGUACCAUGAUACAAGCAAAGGAGCCAAUGUCAUCAAACGAAGCCAACAAGAUUCAAAAACAGACGUCUACCUCUUCCAGAGUACUGGAGAGAUGUUUACUGUAUCACAAGAUGGGGCAUGCAGAAUAACUGAUUUGUGGAAGAAACCAAAUAAGUACUUGUUUGGAGAGGAAAUCUCCAAUGGACGUUUCUUCUCACUUGCGGGAGCAAUUGAACUGGCAGAGACAAAUUUCUUCAAGGUCAAAGAGAAAACCACAGUCAUUGACCGAGGUGUCAGUACAUCAGUAUGGUCAGCAUGUCAGUAUUUACCAAGCAUGAAAGCAACUGUAACAACGACUUGGUAUUUUGCAACAGAAGAUUCAGUACCUGUGACACCAGUGAGACUUCACAUGAAAGGAAAGGACAGUGAUGGGGAGGCUCUUGAAUACCAGUUUGAGUUUUUCCACUACAAGCCUUACAUAUUGACAGAGAAACCAAUAUUUGAGACUCCACGAGGAACCGUAUGUAAUGGACGGAAACAAACGAAGCCUUUACCAGACUUCCCUGAUGUUUUUAGUUGUACAACAGAGAUUGUCAAUGAAGCCCAAAACAAAAUCCAAUACCAGGAAGAAGAAUAUGAUACCAUUAAUCAACUUGUACGCUUCACUUACAAACCAGUAUUAGGAUCUGAAGACAGUUUUGGGACUGGAAAAUUAACUAAAAUACAUGACUACAACAUUGAUGUUGCAUACAUUAUUGAUGAUAUCCGAGGCAACUGCACGAUGCAAGCCAUAUUUGGGAAUGAUGAUGAUAUCAGAGGUGAUCACAAUCAGCACAUGGCCACUGCAAAAGAGAUUUUCAAGGUUGAUAAGGGUAUCUUUACAUAUGAAGGUGUGCAAAGUAUCCGUGGUUAUGACUGUGAUGUUUGGGUUGCUCACAUCGAUACCUACCCAACGUUUCCACUGAUGACAGGAUCAAUUAUUGAAUGGUAUUUUAUAACACGCCAGUGGUAUUAUGGAAAAACUGCCCAUGGAGUACCAAAGUUGAUGAUACAGACUGACCUUACUUCGCAUGAAGUUGAGGAAAAGAAUAUAUAUAACUUCAGAGAGACAGAACCAGAUAUUUUAUUGUUUGAUGUCACAACAUGUUUUGAAUUCAGAGAUAAAUACAAGUUUAUAUUCACAAUACCAGUCAAACACACCCAAUUAAUUGAAAGGCACCUGAAAAGUUUUAAACGAGGGAUUGUCAACGCAAUUAUUGAUAAUAUACAGAUUUCUCCUAUGAGAAUCAACCAAAUAAAUGUUGAGUUUGUAAAAAAUAAAAUCUCAGCAUCAUUUGAGAUUCAUGACGUGGUAACAGUUCCUAAUAGUGGUGCCCUUACAAAGAAGCAAAUAAGCUUGAAGAAAGCUGUGGACGAACUGGAAAGCAUUUUUACUAAAGGUGCUUUCACAGUCCCAUUUAAAUAUGGAGACCAACAGAUAAUCAUGAUUGAUGCUGACAACAACUCCUUAACUAAAGAAGAAGUAAAAGGAACACACAAAUCUAACAAUUAAGACACCUAUAAUGGUACCAGUGCCAUGUCAAUAGUAUAGUAGUGCACUGGAAAUAGUAUGUUGUCCAGGUAAUAUCAGAAUGAAAAAAGGGAAACUAAACUUUGCAAGUGGAUCAAAUCAUCUUGAUAUAACUUAUUUUACUCAAUGCAAAAAUUCUAAUUUUUUUUU